AUGUCUGAUCUACAAAAGAAAAUUAAUCAAAGAAAGGCUAUCCGCAUCCAAACUUCCUCGGUUACUAAAAGAAUAGAAAAGCAGCUUAGUGAUGAAAAUGCUACUCAUGUAAAGUUACUAGGUUUACAGAAUAACCUUGUUAACAAGAUUGAGCAGCUAAACAUGUUGAAUGAUGAAGUUUUAGCUCUGUUGAAACCAGAGGAAGUUGAACAGGACGUUCUAGAAAGUAUGGAAUAUACUGAUCCCACACAUGAACUUCUUGCAGCGGUCACGUUAAAGUUACAAUCUUUAUCGUUGUCCCCUCCAUCUGAGGUUGACCAUCACGGCCCAGAUUCUGUAAGAAGUGUGUCCUCUCGUUGUCGUUUACCAAAAUUUGAACUGCCAAUUUUUAAAGGAGACCCCCUAUGCUGGCAAGGAUUUUGGGAUCAGUUUAGCGCGUCGAUUCAUGACAACGAAGAGAUUUCUGAUAUUGAUCGAUUUAAUUAUCUGAAGAGAUAUGUCGAAGGUCAAGCUUCUGAGACAAUAUCUGGAUUAAGUUUAAGUUCAACAAACUAUAAAGAGGCCAUUAAAAUUUUAACCGAACGUUAUGGCAAUCCACAGGUGCUGAUAUCAGCACACAUGGAUUGUCUAAUUCGUCUGAACAAGGUAACUAAUAAAUCUGACAUUGUGUCUUUACGGAAACUUUAUAACGGAAUUGAAAACUGUACUAGGAAUUUGAGUGCAUUAAAGUUGGACAUUUCUGCAUAUGGAAGUUUGUUGAUUCCUCUAUUAAAAGAAAAGUUACCGGAUGAUCUAAAUAUGAUAAUUGCUAGGAAAUUUGGAAGCGAUAUUUGGACGCUUGAACGCCUUAUGAUCUUUUUUAACGAUGAACUGACUGCUUACGAAAAUUGUAAACCUGUCGUAAAGCCAAGUGCAGAGGGAAAAAUGAAAAGAAAUGAUGAGUUUUUUACAUCAAGUUGCUUGCAUAGGCAAAACUUCUUGUUAAAUAAGUCCAAAAGUUGUUUAUACUGUAAUGGAAAUGAUCAUUUGGCAAGUCGAUGUAGGUCUGUGACAGAGGUUGUUACAAGAAAGGAAUUGUUACGUAAGCAAGGUCGUUGCUUUGUAUGCCUAGCAACUGGACACUUAGGAAAAAACUGUCCUAGCAACUAUUCUUGUCGAAAAUGCAAACACAGACAUCACAUUUCCAUUUGUUCUUCUGAUGGUUCGCAAGCAGGUGCUCAUCACAACAAUUUUGUAUCAUCAUACAGUGGUGUUUUAAUGCAAACUGCUUCUGCUGAUGUAUCUGAUACAUCAGGCAAUGCAAAAAAGCACACGCGGAUUCUAUUCGAUAGUGGCAGUCAGAGAAGCUACCUAUCUCAGGACUUAUGUAAGACUUUAAAAUUAAAACCGUUAAGAAAGGAAAAGGUUAUUGUUAAGACUUUCGGAAGUGACGAUUCCAGGGUUCAGGAUCUCCAAGUUUACCAGGUUAAGAUUAAACAUAAGAACUGUCAUGGAUUUUGUUUUGUUGAAGCAUACUGUGUUCCAAAUGUUUGUAGUCCGUUGACCCACCAAUACCUUGAGUUUGUAAAAGCAAGUUACCCUCAUGUGGAAGGUUUAGAGUUGGCUGAUAGAAACGUGAAUUGUCGGGAUUUGAAUGUAAACUUAUUGAUUGGGCUAGAUUUCUAUUAUAGUUUUUUUACUGGGAAAAUGAAAAAGGGUUCGGGGGGACCUGUAGCAUUGGAAACUACGUUGGGUUGGGUCUUAAGUGGAAAAUACGAGUCCGAGGAGCAGAAACAGCACUGUUUGCAAACACAGCAUGUUAUGAAAGUGGAAGUUGAGAAGAAAAAUGAGUUACUAAGAAAUGAGUUAAAGAAAUUUUGGCAGGUUGAAUCUGUAGGGGGUCAAGAAAUUUCUGUAAUUAAUGAUUUUGAAAAUCAUAUUUAUCAUGAUGGAUCACGCUAUGUGACAAGGUUACCUUUCAAGCCUGAUCACGAUCCAUUACCUGAUAAUUAUUUUGUAAGCGAAAGAAGACUUAGAUCCACGGCCAAGAAACUGCAUGCUCUAGGAAUUUAUGAUGACUAUGAUAACAUUUUUAAGCAAUACGUCCAGGAAGGUAUAAUUGAAAAAGUAGGUCGCAAUGAAUUAAUCAGAGAAAGUGGUAAUGUCCAUUAUCUCCCACACAGGGCAGUUGUGAGGGAAGAUAAGCAAACCACUAAGAUUAGGGUUGUAUUUGAUGCAUCCAGUAAGGCAAACGGUCCUUCUCUUAACGAUUGUUUAUACUCAGGUCCAAACUUAUUAUGUAAGAUCUUUGAUGUACUUUUUAGGUUUCGGUUGAACAAGAUUGCAAUUAUUGCCGAUAUCAGGCAAGCCUUUUUAAAUAUUAGUAUUGAUCAACCUCACCGUGAUUUUUUGCGAUUCUUAUGGUUUGAGGAGAACAAAGUGGUAAUUUAUCGUUUCCUCAGAGUUGUUUUUGGUUUAACAAGCAGCCCUUUUCUUUUAAAUGGAACAAUUCGUCAGCAUUUAAAUAAAUUCUUAGAUAUGUAUUUCGAGAUUGUGAAAAAAUUGGGUGAAGAUUUGUAUGUAGAUGACACGACAACCGGUUGUAAUUCUGUUGAAGAAGGGAAAAAAUUUCAAGAAGUUGCCGUGGAUGUGAUGAGUAAGGCUGGAUUUGAAUUAAGGAAAUGGUUUACUAAUAAUAAUGAACUACAAGUUUUUUUUGAUAGGCGAAAGGGGUGUGAUAAGACUAUUGGAGAUGACAUGACUUUUGCUAAAAGCCAAGUUAAUGGAAUAAAUAAAGACUAUAGUCAUAAGGUUUUAGGAUUAACAUGGGAUAAACACACUGAUUGUUUUCUGUUUGAUUUUAACGAAUUUAUCAGAAAAUCUAAGGCAUGUUCUUUCACAAAGAGGAAUGUUUUAAGUUUAUCUGCUUCUAUGUACGAUCCACUUGGAAUUAUUUCUCCUAUUACAGCUCAAAUUAAAACUUUUUUUCAGUCCUUGUGCGUGGAUAAAUCGGAUUGGGAUGAAGUUAUUUCAGGUGGUAUUGAGGCUAGAUGGAUCGCUCUGUUAGAAAAAAUUGAGUUUUUGAGCGUAGUCCGCGUACCAAGGUUUUCCUUCGUUGAUUGGACCGAAGUUGUAUCUGCAGAGUUGCAUGGGUUUUGUGAUAGUUCUCUUAGUUUAUACUGUGCUCUUGUCUAUGUGAGGAUUGUUACCAAGGUUGGGAUCAAAGUAUUUUUUUGGACGUCGAAGACCAGGGUUUCACCACUGAAAACUCUUUCUAUCCCUAGGCUUGAACUAUUAGGAUGUUUAUUGCUUUCUACUUUGAUUGAGGAUGUCACGAGGGCUAUUGCUGGAAGGAUAAAAAUAGAUCGCAUUGUUGGCUGGACAGACUCACAAGUAGCUCUUUGUUGGAUCAGGGGUAAAGAGAGAACUUGGAAGUCCUGGAUUGAGAAUAGGGUGGUGAAAAUAAGGAAAAUUGUUUCACCUGACAUGUGGUUUCACGUAGCUGGCGUAGAGAAUCCUGCUGAUCCACCAACAAGAUCUAUCGAUGAUUUUGUGAGUCUUUUUAAUGGUAUUUGGUUUAACGGUCCUUCUUUUCUUUUAAACGACAACAUUCAUUAUGACGUAACAACUGACUUUUCAAAAACUGAAGUGGAAAAGGAGCUAAAAGCUUCGACUGACAUACAAAACGUACUGACUGUUACUGAACAGAAUGCGGUUGACUUGAACGAAAUCGUUGAUUUCUCUCGAUAUGGAUCAUUAAACAAAUUAAUUCACGUCGUAGCCUACGUUAUUCGCUUUAAGAACAAUUUGAUAGCAAAGAUACGUAAAAAUGAAGAAUCAAACAACGAUGAAAACCUGAAUGUCGAUGAAGUAACCAAAUCUUUGGACCAUAUUGUACGUGCCGAACAGCAAGCUAUGACCAAAAAUUCGAAUUUUAAUAAAACAAAGUCGAAUUUAAAUGUUUACCAGGAUACUGAAGGAUUUUUUAGACUGAAAAGUCGUUUUGGUGAAUCAAAGUUAACAGACGAUCAAAAGCACCCGCUUUUACUUCGAGAAGGAAGUCAUGUGACAAUGUUAAUCGUUCGAAAUGCCCACGAAGAGGUAUUGCAUUUUGGAGUGGAAUCAACGUUGGCGAAGAUUAGAGAAAGAUUUUGGAUUUUGCGUGGCAGGAAGACAGUGAGAAAUGUUUUACGACGAUGCGUAAUAUGUCGGCGAUUUCAAGGACGAACGAUGACCUCACCAGAAAGUCCGGAUCUUCCUGUUUUCCGAGUGGAUCAUCUGACGCAAGCUUUUGCUACGACAGGGCUUGAUUACGCCGGUCCUCUAUUUGUAAGGAUUCACGGACAUUCCUGCUCAAAGGUAUACAUUUUACUUUUUACUUGUGCUAGUAGUCGCGCAAUCCACCUUGAACUCACGCCUGACAUGAAAUCACCUGCGUUCAUCCGAGGCUUUAAGCGAUUCGUUUCAAGAAGAGGAAAACCAAAUGAAAUUUGGGGUGGAUUUUAUGAACGUCUUGUUCGUUCCGUAAAAACAUCUCUUAAGAAAAUACUAAGAAAGUCGUUUCUAACGUUUGAAGAGUUACAAACUGUUUUAUGUGAAGUCGAGAGUGUAAUCAAUUCAAGACCACUCUGUUAUGCGAGUGAUGAAGACGUUGGAGCUAUGAUCACCCCUAAUCAUCUUAUCUUUGGGAGAUCAUUGAACCAUGCUACAACUAAUAAUCAACCGAUUACUGUAUUAGAUGUGACCGAAUGCACUCGAAGAGUCCUUCGUUUAAGAACAGUCUUAGAACAUUUUUGGAAACGCUUUAGUAUAACUUAUUUGAACGAACUGAGGCAACGACACCUUUACGAAAGGAAGAAGACAGCAGACGCAGAGUUGAGGCUGAAUGAUAUUGUACUCAUCAAGGACGACACACCCACACCACGCUCGCAAUGGAAAAUCGGAAAGAUAGAAAAAUUAAUUGUUGGAAAGGACGGUCGAACUCGAGGUGCAAAAUUAAAAGUGAAUUCGACAUCAGGCCGGUCAACUUAUGUGCAUCGACCUGUUCAAAAGUUAAUACCGUUCGAAGUGAUAGAAGAAGAGGUGAAGGCAACUGAGGCGGAAGAUAAUCAACUUUAUCCUAUGGUCAUCGACGAACAGAGUUCAGGUAGUUCAGGUGGUGCGUGCGAUGAACACCGCGUAGAAAGUAGAACAAUACGUUGUAUUUUGAUUGGUUUAUUUUACGGCGCAUGCGUUAAUCGAGAGACCGCCGCUCAAAAUAUAUGA